UCUGAAAUAUUCGGGUCGACAGAUAUAUUAUUAUCAGUUAAUAAUCUUGUUUGAGCUUUUUAAUGAGACAACAGAACCAUGUUUCACUAUAUAUUUACGUGGCCUUCAUUUCAUGAAUUGAAAAUAUAUAUUAUCUCUAUACACAUGAAAAAUUAUUACUCCACCGGCUAAUACUCACUUCUAUGGAAUCAAGACCGGAAACUGUAAGCAGAAACUGUAAUAAUGGAAGCUGUGACAUUAUUAGUUGGUUCGAAGAAGUAUCGGAAAAUGCGGGGCGAGUACAAACGGAGACUCUUGGCCGGAUUCUUGAACAGAACUACGGUGUAGAAUAUCUAAAGAAAUGGUUCGGAGAUAUAAAAAUUCAAGAAAUGGAAGCAAGUGAAUUAGAAUGUUUGUACACUUCUCUGGUUCCUCUUGCUUCUCAUGCAGAUUUAGAUCCUUAUAUUCAAAGAAUUGCAGAUGGAGACAUUACUCCUUUACUCACUCAACACCCUAUAACUACUCUUUCUUUAAGCUCCGGUACCACAGAAGGAAGACAGAAAUUUGUUCCUUUCACUCACCACAGCUCUCAAACUACUCUUCAAAUUUUUAGUUUAGCAGCUGCUUAUAGAUCAAGAGUUUAUCCAAUAAAAGAAGGAGGGAAGAUCCUAGAAUUAAUAUACAGCAGCAAACAGUUAAAAUCAAAAGGAGGAUUAACACUCGGAACAGCAACAACUCAUUAUUACGCAAGUAAAGAGUUUAAGAUGAAGCAAGAAAAAAUCAAAUCCUUUACAUGUAGUCCACCGGAAGUAAUAUUUUCGGAUGGCGAUUACAAGCAAAUCACAUACUGUCAUCUUCUACUCGGCCUCUAUUUCUCCGAAGAAGUCGAGUUCAUAACCUCAACUUUCGCGUACAGCAUUGUCCAAGCGUUCACAUCAUUCGAAGAUUACUGGAAAGAGAUUUGUAACGACAUUAAAGAAGCAACUUUAAGUUCAAGAAUUACUUCUCCGAAUUUACGGAAAGCCGUCUUGGAUAUAAUUACAUGUACGAAUCGAUGUUUAGCUUCAAGAAUCGAAGAAAACUGCAAGAAUCUCGAGAGUGAAGAUUGGUUUGGUUUGAUUCGAAAGCUGUGGCCUAAUGCGAAGUAUGUGUACUCAAUUAUGACCGGUUCGAUGCAGCCAUACUUGAAAAAACUAAGGCAUUAUGGUUCCGGGUUACCGUUAGUGAGCGCUGACUAUGGAUCGACGGAGAGUUGGAUUGGAGUUAAUGUGGAUCCUUGUUUGGCUCCGGAGAAUGUUACUUUUGCAGUGAUACCAACUUUUUCUUACUUUGAAUUUAUUCCACUUUACAGACAAAAUAAAGAUUGUAGUUACGCCAUUGAUGAUUUUGUUGAAGAUGAGGCGGUUCCACUUGCUAAGGUCAAGGUUGGUCAGGAGUAUGAGAUUGUUGUCACUACUUUUACAGGAUUGUAUAGAUACAGACUAGGUGAUGUAGUAGAAGUGGCCGGUUUCCACAAAAAUACCCCAAAAUUAAACUUCAUAUGCAGAAGAAAGCUAAUUCUAACAGUAAACAUUGACAAAAACACAGAAAAAGACCUUCAACUAGUAGUAGAAAAAGGGUCUCAGCUACUCAGCAAGAACACCAAAGCAGAGCUCAUAGAUUUCACCAGCCAUGCAAAUGUACUGAGUCAACCCGGUCACUACAUAAUUUACUGGGAAAUCAAAGGAGAAGUUGUAGAAGAAGUUCUUGAAGAAUGCUGCACAGAAAUGGACGAAUCGUUCGUCGAUCAUGGCUAUGUUGUUUCGAGAAAAGCUCAUUCAAUCGGACCGCUCGAGCUUUGUAUUGUGGAGAAGGGAACUUUCAAGAAAAUAUUGGACCAUUUUAUCGGAAAUGGAGCUGCAUUGAGCCAGUUUAAGACUCCUAGAUGCACUAGUAAUCAGUUUCUUUUGAGAAUUCUUGAUGUGUCUACUAUUAGAAGGUUUCAUAGUACUGCUUAUGCCUAAUAAUUACAUGCAUAAUUUACUAGCGGGGUUGGGAUAGAGCGGCUAGAGCUCAUUUACUUUUAGCUAAAGUCUCGUUUUCGAGCUCCUAAUAUGAAGCGGUUUGGAAAAAUGUAUCGCUCUAACGAGUACUAUUCAGUUCGGUCCGAAUUAAUCAUAAUAGUGGCUCCCGAUACUCUCGAUCGAGCUCAGCGUACUCAUUCAAUUUUAGGUUUAAAAGAAAAUUUUACACCUCAACUUUAUCCUUGUAAACAAUUAAUAAGAGAGUAAUUUUUAUUUCUCUUGCAUGUGACAACAAAUUUAGCUUUUUCUUACUCA